UGAAAAUGAGCGUCAAGCGUCAGCGUGAAAAGGCACCUUAAUAGGCGGAAUGGCCUAGGAAUUUAUACUGGUCCCCACUCGAAAUUGGUGCCAGUUGCUAAGUGUUUACGCGGGAUAUAUCGGCAGGUGGAUUAACUUAACCUUAGAUUACGUGGCUGGUUACAGUAAAGACCAUCUACAAAUUCUGUUUUUUUUAUCGGUAACAUGGAGCUUUUUGAAGAUCCCAUUUUUAAAACUAAGUAUUUAAAAAAUAAGCUACGCGUGAAACGAUGGGAAAGUGAUUUCAUGGAAAAAUAUGGACGCAAACCUAACAAGAACGAUAUAAAAGAAGCAGACGCAACUAUCAAAGAAGCAUACAAGAUAUAUUGGAAAUUAAAAACAAAAGCGCUCGAGGAGACUCUCACGGAUAUCACUUUCUGCGACGACGUAGGAGACAAUAUCUCGAAUGAAUCACCGCGAAAGUUAGUAAGCAGUCAAAACUCGGAUAAAAAUCCAAGUCCAGAGAAAGCUAUAAGAGACACAGAGAACAUAAAUCCUUACGACUGCAAACAUUCGACAAAAACUGAAAACAUCUUGGACCAGCUGAGAGAUUCGGUGAACAUUGAAGGAGCCUGGGGGGACCAUCUGAGUAAAAAUAAGGAGCAAGCACCAAAGAAGAAGCAGACCCUGCUGAUUGGUAGAUCCUCCUCUUUCCAACUGUCCAGAAACAAAUUUGAAAAUUCGACAUUUACUAAACGCAACCCGAGAAAAUCUCUAUCAUCGACUAAAAUAAGGAACAGGUCCGAGAAUAAUAUUUUGAAUAGUUCGAACGUCGAUCAGUUGGACGUGGAUAAUAGCAAGGAUGGCUUUGAUGUGACGAUCGACGAGACGAAAAUUGUAUUCGACGAAUCAAUGAAAGUUUCUGGUUUUCACCCAACUCUGAUGAAAGUGACGAUUGAGAAGAACAAAUCCGUCGCAUCACAUUCCGUCAACGCCGUCCAGCACCUGGUCGACGGCCAUGCGAUUGGCGUGAGCCGUAAUUUGAAUCCAGGUUGGCUGGAUCGAUGCGCGAGGGAUGGUAAUUCGGAGGUGAGGAAGAUCAACUCGCAGAGGCUGUCGGGCACUAGCGAUUCUGGCGUGGAAUCUAUGGAAUCUAGCAUUUAUUCCCCGAAGGAAGGCUUGGCAUCCACCGUGCACUCCGGUUCGUCGCUCCAGGUCUCCGACGAGGAGGAUUUUAUAUGUAAUAGCGAGUCCGAAGAGGAGCGUGCGAAUAAACGCGUCAGAAAUUUUAAGAAGCGAUUAAGCGACCAGGAUAGUCGUCCCGCAAAACGACAAUGUAUUAAAAUUCACACGAAUAUUGAUUCUGAUGUAACCGAUACCGAUAGGUUGACUUCCGUCGAAAUUAAUUUAUUAUCUAGAAAUAAGUGUAGUGAGAACGAAAUUGACAAUGAUAACGUAUCUAAAUUGACUAACGAUGUUUACAUGAACAUAACAAAUGAAUCAAUUAUAAAUAGUAGAAAUGCAAUUGCUUUAAAUUUAGAUAUUGAAUCGAAUAUUAUCAAAGACAAAGUAGUAUCUGAAGAUAUCUGUCAGGCUGAAAGCGUUCAAAUUAAGGAAGUAUCUGUAACAACAAAUACUACUUCAAAAUUGACUGAUAAAAGUCAGAAAAAUCUUUCGAUAUCUGAUAAAAAACCUAUAAAGCAACGUCAAAGAGUGAGGAGAGUAUCGUCUGAUUCUGAUCCUGAUUAUAAAGAAGAAAAGAUAAGUAAAAAGACUAAAACGAGAGCAAAGACUAUGCAAACAUGUACCGUGAAAAGAUCUAGUCGACGAAGCAAGGAGAAGACCACAGAUGAAAAAAAAUCUAACGUGAGAAGAAAAUCUUUGAGAAAAGAAUCGAAUUUAGAGAAAAAUGACGAAGAGCAAAGCUUAGACUCAGAAAUUAAGAGAAUACCGAUGUAUGAUGUUGAAACGAUGAUGCAAACAAUUCCUCGUUUUAAAAUUAAACCAUUUAAAUCUGGCAAUCUCAUCGCGCAGUUUUCUGAAUCUGUUUGUAACAAUGAAGAGAAGAACGCGACGACAUUCUCGGGCACAAAAUCGACCGUGAAAGAAAAGCUAGAGAAAAAAAUGGCUGCCGGAACGAUGAAUGAUAAUUUUGUUAGAAUAAAUUUAAAGAAAAAAGUUUUUGUACGGGGUAAGAAAAAUUUCAACUUCAGUAAAUACAAAAGGAAUCAAUGGAAACAGAAGAAGAAGGAUUUGGCAUCUAGCGAGAGCAAUUUGGACGUGGCCGAUUUGAUCGAGAAGAAUGGCAUGACAUGCUUCAAAUGUGGCGAAUCUGGUCACUUCGCCAAGAACUGUUCAGUCUCGAAGGGAAAUGUUCUUCUACCUUUGGAGGAAAUCGAUGAUUCGUCGAGUUUUCCAACUCUGGCAGAAGCCGAAAGGAUGGCGAACGAGAAUGCUUUUGUUGCUCACCGUCACAAACUAGAACGGCUCCCCGAAAGAGCAUCUUACUCCGCUAUGAAGACUUCGCGGGACGAAGAAGCAGAGUUGGUCACUACUCAACUCUACGAAGAAGACAUGACAGAAUUAUUUACCAAUGACUUUACGGACGUCAUCGAGAGAAGUGACACACUAACUUGUAAACAUAAAGUGCCGCGGGAGUUGGCUAUUAGAUUAUUGCCACCUGAGAUAGAAGCAAUUAAACCAUUAUACACUAUGAACGAAAAUGGCAGUCUUAUUGAGACUCCCAUGGAAGUCUUUGAGGCGUUGCGCAUGUUUGGUCAUGAGAAUUUUAGAGCUGGCCAGGAAAAAGCAGUGAUGAGAAUCUUGUCCAGCCGGUCUACUCUAGUGACGCUGUCAACGGGGUCUGGGAAAUCUCUAUGUUAUCAAUUACCGGCAUAUUUGUACGCUCGACGUUUCAAUUGUAUUACUUUAGUGAUUUCGCCUCUCGUAUCCCUAAUGGAUGACCAAGUGACGGGUGUACCUUCGUUUCUUUCUGCCGCGUGUCUGCAUACCGGCCAAACGGACAAAGUAAGACAACAGGUGAUGCAGUCGGUGAAGGAUGGCAAGGUAAACAUUUUGCUAGUGUCACCAGAAGCGGUGGUAGCCGGCGAAAAAUCCACCGGUUUCGGCGCUCUCCUAAGACAGCUACCACCAAUUGCAUUUGCCUGCAUCGAUGAGGCCCACUGCAUCUCGCAAUGGUCUCAUAAUUUCCGGCCCUCUUAUCUAAUGGUUUGCCGGGUGCUCAAGGAGAAGUUGAAAGUAAGAACGGUGCUGGGACUCACGGCAACCGCCACGAGAACAUCGGUGGAAAGUAUAAUAAGGCAUCUGGACAUAGAAGAUGGUAUGGCUGGUGUAAUAUCGGAUGUUCCUCUGCCCAGAAAUCUUGUCUUAACAGUGUCUAAAGACGAGAAUAAGGACCAGGCUUUGAUAGCGCUGCUGAAAAGUGAAAGGUUCCAUGAAUGCGACUCCGUAAUAAUUUACUGUCUCCGUAGAGAGGAAUGCACGAGAAUUGCGGGGUUGUUAAGAAUAUCGCUGCAAAAUUCACAAAAUCCUGAGAAGCCGAACAUGAAGAUGUCUACAAUAGCUGAAGCUUACCAUGCCGGUAUGACAUCCUACAGACGUAAAACUGUUCAAAAGGGAUUUAUGAAUGGAAAGAUUAAAAUUGUGGUCGCCACUGUUGCAUUCGGAAUGGGUAUCAAUAAACCGAAUAUCCGUGCUGUCAUUCAUUACAAUAUGCCUGGCACCUUUGAAGGAUAUGUGCAAGAAGUCGGUCGUGCUGGAAGGGACAAUAUCACCGCACACUGCCAUUUAUUCUUGAAUCCUAUGCAAGACAGCGAUAAGUGGGAAUUGCGUAGACACAUACACGCGAACGGUGUCGACAGGCAUACGAUUAGACAUUUACUUCAAAGGAUUUUCAUACCUUGUUCCUGUGUAAAAAUCAAUGAGAAAAAUUCCGCUCAAAGAUGCCCCGGUCAUGAGGUUGCUCUACCAAUUGAUGAGACCGUACAAGCUCUCGAUAUUACGCAGGAAACAAUUUCAACGUUGUUAUGCUAUCUUGAGCUACAUCCAAAAAGAUUUAUUACUGUGCUAUCAUCUGUGUAUAUUCGAGCGAGGAUUUCAAGCUAUCAAGGACCACAAGCUCUUAAACAAGCCGCGCAAUCUUCUCCACCGCUUGCGAUGGCAAUAGCGCUAGAUAUGAAACGCGGGAUUUCACAUGAAAAUAGUAACAUUAUAGAAUUCCCAAUAAUUGACGUUGCAUCAGCUAUUGGAUGGGACAGCGGCGUAGUAAAGAGUCAUCUUAAGAGUUUAGAAUAUAAAAUAGUUGAUGGGAGGAUGAAACGUUCAGCUAUAUCUGUACAAUAUGACAAGCUCGGAUUCCGGGUGAAAGCGCCGGGUGAUCUCACUGAUGUUGAACUGGACGAGGCGCUCAAUGCACUCAUUAUGCGCACUCAAUCGCAAGAGUCCUCAUGUCUGCAGCAACUCGAACUCAUAUCUUGCGCGCUUGAUAAAACUAGCGUCCCGUCAAUAAAACAUUGUUCGAGCCUGGAUGACAAUGUUACAAAGAGAUCGGAGGAGCUCAAAGACAUUAUCAGAAAAUACUUUCAAUCAGAUUCUCCUUUAAAUAAUCUUGACAUUGGUUUUCAAAAUAAAGUAACGAAUGAGCAACAGAUUGCAGCCGACGUUCGUAAUUUGAUAAUACAUUACAAGGAUACGAAGUUCACCGGUCGUUCCGUGGCCCGUAUCUUUCAUGGAAUACAAAGCCCGAAUUAUCCUGCGGUAAUUUGGAACAGAUGUCGUUUUUGGAGAGUUCAUAUCAGUACAGAUUUUAACGUAAUCUGCAAAAUUGCGGCCAGAGAAAUUCUAGCGUUGCGAUAACAGAAAUGAUUUUUGACUGAAUAAUAAUAGAAUUAACACAUUGUAUUUAAUUUGAUUUUGUUAGUUGUGGAUACGCAGUUUUAAUUCUUGUGUCACAAUAUAAACUUCCAUAAUUUAUUGAAAUGAAUCAAAUUACAGACAAGUUUUGAAUUUAAAAAGAUUCAAAACUUAAUAAUUUGCUUUUUUGCUUUCAACAACUUGUUUUCAAUUAAACAUCAUUUUAUUGAAGUUUAUUGGAACAGUGAUUUAUAACGUAUUAAAAAAAUGUGGUAACUUACUUUACAUUUAGAUAUUCUAAUUAUUCUAUCUAAUUAUGUGUUAAUUUGGAUAUUGGAUUUUAAUAACAAAAAAUAUCACGUUUUUAUGUAAUAAAAUAAUUAUUGAAAAUGAAA